AUGUCUCUUUCAAGACCAUCACGAGCGGAAGCAUCGCAGUGGGGGAAGGCCCUGGACAAUGUACUGACCAACAGCUGUAAGUUUCAGUAGUCAUACAAUGGUUAAAUAUCAGUAUUUUGACAUAUUCUAAUGAGACCAUGUUGCAGUCAAUCAUUGACUCUACUUUGGUAAACUUCAAUCAGAUAACUUUUACUGUAUUCCUCUUCCUCUCCCUAACAGAUGGCCUGGCUACUUUCAGGGGCUUCCUGAGGUCAGAGUUCAGCGAGGAGAACAUUGAGUUCUGGGUAGCCUGUGAGGACUACAAGAGGACCAGAGAAGCAGGCAAAAUGGCUGCCAAGGCCGGGAGGAUUUAUAAGGAGUUUAUACAGACCGGAGCCCAGUGGGAGGUCUGUCCUCAUUCUCCUUCUUCCAGGGUCGUGUUCGUUAGGCACCAAACUGAAGAAAAUAGACUGAAAUAGGGAGGGACUAUCUGGAGUUGUCCAAUAAGAAGCGCUAAUUUUGUUUCUCUGUUACAAAACGUUUUUACAAGUUUUUCUGUUGUGUGCCCUAAUGAACACAACCCUGUUUCUGAUACUUUGUCAUUGGGAUGAUAUGACAAUGAGCAUGAUGUCAAUCCUCGAGCGCAAUUCACCAAAUUAGAUGAGAGGACUUUAUUUUUGAAACUCUUUGUCAAUAUUGGUCUGGUCAAUAUUGGUCACUGGAUACGUGCCAGUCUCAAGUGUCACAAGACCAUUGUGUUUGGGGGAGAAUUGGCUUUUACCGGGUCGUGUUCUGAAUAGGAUGUGUUUGGGGGAGAAUUGGCUUUUACUGGGUCGUGAUAUGAAUAGGAUGUGUGUUUGUUGAGUAAAGAACAGAGACGAAUGCUUCAAAGCAUCUAUUCAUGUGCCAGACCAGGGAAUUAGUAUUUACACACAGUCCCUAUAGUACUACACACCUGGCCCACUGCGUGAGGUUAUACAAAGUACAGUGGUCCUAGACUGUACAAACAUUACACAAAUACUGUGUUUGUUUUCGAGAGGUAUUACCAUAGUAAUCAGUCAAUGGUAGUCCAAUGGUAAGAUUAGGUAGUCUUAUCGUAGAAGAGUUACGAAAUGAUGAUCAAUACGAUACAAUACUUUAGUAUACAAUUUCAUGAAAAUUCAUUACUGUGCAAUGUCUUAUUCUAAAACAAUUCAUGCUAUAUACUGCAUCUAGAAAAGGUAAAUAUCUUUACUGUACUCUGGGGUUAACUUACCUACAGUUUGUCACAUAACUAACAUACCUAAUACACGUCAAAUACACCCAAACCGUCUAACAUAGGAUACACUGAAACAUGGACCAACUCUUUAUAAGGCAUUAUGAGUAAUUUGAUUCUAAUGCUCAGCUGACUCUCUGCCUCCAACAGGUGAACAUUGACCACAUCACCAAGGACGUAACAGUAAGGAACUUGGGCCGACUGACUCCUAUGACCUUUGACCUGGCCCAGAGACAGGUCUUUGCCCUCAUGGAGAAAGAUUCAUACAGGAGGUUCCUCAAAUCCAACCAAUACAAGGAGAUUAUAAAGUAGAAACUCAAACGCUGGUUGGCUAGUGUCAUCGGACUGAUUGGUUGGUUGGUUGGUUGGUUGGUUGGUUGGUUGGUUGGUUGAUUGACUUGA